UUAAUGUGAAAUAUACUCACAGAUUAUUAUUUUUGUGUAUUAAUAAUGACUAACAAUAUUUUUAGUAAUGGCCGCAUUCAACAACAGACGAUUGUUUCGCAGCGUUUAAGAAAUGAUAGGAAGGAAGGAAAAAAAGCACCAGAAAUAUCAGCGAUAGAGAGCAACAAUUGGUUGUUGCAUCGACAUUAUACGCGACAUGAAUACAAAACUUGUAAAAUAUUAAUUGAUCAAGAAUUAAUAAAAUCAAACGGAUAUAAUGAAUAUGCGAAUUAUUUAAAAGGUUUAAUACUAAGAAGAGAAGGAAAAAUUCAAGAUUCGUUAAACUAUUUUCAAGCUGCUUAUAACGUCAAUUCAACGUCAAUUAAUAACAUAAAGCAAAUAGCCAAAUCAUUUUUGAUAAUGGGUAAUCAUAAACGUGCAAUCGAAGCGUAUUUGGAAGCUGAAAAAAUAUCGAAUAUAUCAGAUUGGGAGAUUUAUUUUAAUUUAGGCGAAUGUUACAUGAAAUUGAAUCAGGUAUAUGAAGCAAAAAAAUAUUUAAAAAGAUCGAUCGAAUUAACGAAAAAUGAACUACCUUAUAUUGCACUUGCCAAACUUUGUCUUUUCGAAAAUCAUGUUAUAGAGGCACAGAACGCUUAUACAACUGCUCUUAGCGAAAAUCCUGAAAGUAUAGAAGCUGCAACCGAAUUAGGAUUGCUCUAUCUUAAAAUUGGUGAUGUUCAACGAGCAUUCCAACAAUUUGGUACUGCAAUCGCCCAUUCUCCAAAUUAUGCCAAGGCAAUUCUUCCAAUAGCUUACAUAAUCCAAAAUCACCAAGAAUAUGAUGUUGCAUUGUCGAAGUAUAAACAGGCAGCGCAAUCAAUUCCAGAAUCAUAUGCCUUAUGGAAUAAUGUCGGAAUGUGUUUUUACGGCAAGCAGAAAUUCGUUGCUGCUAUUAGUUGUUUGAAAAGAGCUCAUUAUCUCAAUUCCAUGGCUUUUUUACCCGUUUAUAAUUUGGGUAUGGUUUUUUUGACUACCGGUCAACCAGCCUCGGCCGCAAUUUAUUUGUGCGCUGCGAUUACUGCUGAUCCAAAAAAUUCAAUGCCGUAUCUUCUACUUGGAAUCGCUUUGAAACGUCUAGACGACUUGGAAGGUGCGGAGAAAGUAUUGCAAAAAGCUCAUGCUCUUUCACCGCAAGAUCCCUUUGUGUUAAUUAAUUAUGCGGUAAUAUUGGAGGCACAGGGUAAGGAGAAUAUGGCGGCCGAACUUCUGUCUGCGUUGAAUGAUAUUACGGCGGUGAUUAACGUAGAUGCUCAGAUAACACAGACGGCAAAGAAAUUGUCGAUGAAACUUCAACAAGAAAGAGUAAACGGUAAAGAAGAGGAGGAGACGAGGAUACUUAACUCGGACGAAGUUUAAAACGGAUUAUCUUUUUCUUGAAAUCAAAGACCUUGCUCUAAAAAGCUUGUUUAAUCUUUCGUGUGUAUCAAAUUUUUUCAUUAUUUUUACUUUAAAUGAGGAUAUUAUGAAUUAGCUUAUUAUAAUUCUAUAAAAGAAUACUCCAACAAAGAUGUAAAUAACAAUGUAUAUGUAAUAUUGAAAUAAUGAAAAUGGAAAUAACGAAGAAAUACAAAUUAAAAAGAAUGAAACGGGCAGAAACCAAGAAAUUAAAGAUGAUGAAAAUAAUUUUAUCCUGUAUCAAGUACAUUUUUCCAAUAGACUAGGUUUCUUCUUUUUUCUUUCUCAUUAUCUACUGAAUAUUUUGUCGCUUAUUCUUGCUCGUUUCGCGUUCCACGUGUCAAGAGCCAGUUUCCUCAUUAAGUUUUUUUGGAUAACGCUACAUUAACUCGUAAUACUUAUAAUUCCAACGGUUUUAAAAAUAUCAAGGAUUAAUAUUGCUUCGUUCAUGAUUUAUUGUUUAAAGAUUAUUAACGAUUAUUGUUAUUAAUGAUUUGUCUUUAAGAAUCAUUAGGUUAUCUUUUGUUUGACUUAUAUAGAUACGAUAUUCUUUAUCAAGUUUCACCUUCACCUUUCCUUAUAAGGAAUUAUUCUGUAACAUUUUCAUUGAAUAAUACGGAAAUGAAUAUUAAGGAAGUAAUUAAACUAAGUCCUUGUAAAUUACUUAUGUAAAACAAUUACUUAUGAUAAGUUUCAGUUUUCUUUGAACGAUUUUUCACGUGCGAUAUCGAGUUUCCAUAGUUAGUGGAAGAAACGAGCGUAUAUCUUGAUUAAAAGUUUGAACAACUUUUUUCUCCGAGUUCGUAGCUAUAAUUUCUGGAUUCAAUUUCAUUGAAGUUGCAUUUUUGAAUCGUUUCGUUAAUGUUCAUUUCCAUGCACAUCCAUACAUUAAGUCGAAACGCUGAAAAUUUUGGAAUUUCUUUUUGAUUAUAUUAUGACAUAGAACAAACAAUAUAAUUGGAAUAACUCGUUUGACUUCUUUCUGAAAUGAAAGAAUAAAAAAAAAGACCAUUCCUUGAUUUUUGAAUCCGUAUCGUUAGAGAGAAUUUUAUGAGCAUUCAAGAGUAUAUAAAAUAUAUUUUAUAUAUAUAAAAAAUAAAUUUCUAUCGUAUUUUAUAUCUUUAUUUGAAAAAAUGAAAUCAUAUUUGAAAUCUUUGAAGAAUUUUUGCUCAAGAAAUUAAUUUAAUAUUAUUAAGUUGUAAUCCUUCUAAAUUUAAUUAAAUAAUGAUAUCCUUAAUUAAAUUAUCCUUAAUAUUCAAAGUGAUAUA